UACAAAACGGGAUUUUUAUAAAUUGAAAAUAAAAUCAUGAUGACGAAUAUUUCUCCUACAAAUAAAAUAUGCAAAGAAGGAUCUCCGCUCAGACCAUCUAAUGAUGAUUUAGAGGUUGGAAACACAAAAGGAAAUGAAGUAACAAACAAUGGAUAUUUCGGGAGACAGUAUCAAAAAGCACUUUUACCCGAUGUGCGGAUUUCAUCAGUUGACGAACGACCAUCCAAGAGCAAAUUUCGUGUUCGCAACGUUAGCCCUAUACAAGUGCCUAGACAUACAACAAGCUCUAUGUGUUAUCGAAUAUUGGUUCCUGAAACAAAUACAGAAAAAUUAGUACUUUUCGUUUGUUUAACUGUGUUUUUCACCUUACUCGCCUCGUUGGUAUAUUUUUUCAUGAAUAUAGAUUGCAUAUUUGGAGUUAAAGAUCAAAAAUGUAAAAGUAACUGGUUCUCAAACAAUAAACCUAAUAUAUGUAUGAAAGAAGAAUGCGUUAAAACAGCUGCUUCAUUAUUGUCAGCAAUGGAUCCAACUGCAAAUCCUUGUGAAGAUUUUUAUCAAUAUGCCUGUGGCACCUGGGAUAAAAGGCAUUUAAUUCCUGAAGAUAAAAGCAGUAUCAACACAUUUGAAGUGCUUGCUGAUCGAUUACAAGUUAUAUUAAAAGGACUUCUAGAAGAAUCAGUAAAUCGAUUUGACAGUUCAGCAACAAUUAAAGCAAAACUAUUUUAUAAAUCAUGCAUGAAUAUUACUCAAAUCAGAUAUAUUGGAGACUCGCCUAUCCGUGAACUUUUAAAGUCAAUUGGAGGCUGGCCGGUGAUCGAAACAAAUUGGCAACCACCUAAUUAUAGUAUUGAAGUUUUGCUUGGUCGAUUAAAAAAAGAAUUCAAUGAAGGAAUCAUAAUCGAACCAUGGGUUGGACCAGAUGAUAAAAACUCUUCUGUAAACAUCCUUCAGUUAGAUCAAAUGCAACUGGGACUACCGAGCAGAGAUUAUUUCUUAAAAGAUAGUAGCGCUGAAGCAUUACAAGCUUAUCAUAAAUAUAUGUCUGAAGUAGCUGUGUUAUUAGGAGCAAAUAAGUCGACGGCGCCUUUUGAGCUACUAAAAAUUAUUGAAUUUGAAAUUGAAAUAGCAAAUAUUACUCAAACAGAAACCGAUAGACAUGAUACGACUGGCACAUAUUUAAAGCUUCCACUGAAAGAUUUACAAAAACAAAUUCCAGAAUUUGAUUGGCAAUUAUAUUUGAAAACUAUUUUGCAAAUUAAACUUUCUGAUAAGGAACCUGUAGUUAGUUAUGCUAUGUCAUACUUUACACAACUCGGUUAUCUAUUAAAAAAAACUGAUAGAAGGGUUAUUCACAAUUACAUUAUUUGGAGACUAGUUCAAAGCACUGUACUUCCGCAUAUGAUUGACGAUUUUCAAUAUAAAAGAUUAAACUUCAAGAAAAUACUAUUAGGAAUUCUUAAUGAACGAAGCAGAUGGAGAGAUUGUGUAGAUUGGACUAACAAGCGACUUGGAAUGGCAGUUGGCGCUUUAUUUAUAAGAGAUAAUUUCAGCUUGGAGAGUAAAGUGACUGCUAUGGAUAUGAUACAAUCAAUUCGAGAAGCAUUCAAUGAACUUCUAAAUGAAAACCAUUGGAUGGACGAACAAACAAGAAUAGUGGCCAAAGCAAAGGCGGAUGCUAUGAAAGAACGAAUUGGAUACCCAGAAAUAUUAACAGAUCCGGACGAGUUGGAAAAAGAAUAUAUUAUGUUGAAUGUAACGGAAAAUCAAUUUAUUCUUAACGUAUUUAAUGUGCUUAAGUUUGAUGCUUAUCAAAAUUUAGAAAGACUAAGAAAACCCGUUGACAAAGAUAAAUGGUCAACAGAACCUGCAGUGGUUAAUGCAUUUUAUAAUCCUAAUAAAAAUCAUAUCGUCAUCCCUGCUGGUAUUCUUCAACCUUUAUUUUACAGUCAACAUUUUCCCAAAUCCUUAAAUUAUGGUGGUAUUGGUGUAGUAAUCGGUCACGAGAUAACUCAUGGAUUCGAUGAUAAAGGUCGGCAGUUUGAUAAAAAUGGUAAUAUGAUCGAGUGGUGGGAUUCUAAAACAAUAUAUACAUUCAGGGAAAAAGCUCAGUGUAUGGUGGAUCAAUAUUCAAAGUACAAAAUGCAAGAAGUGAAUUUACACGUUAAUGGACGCAUGACUCAGGGCGAAAACAUAGCUGACAAUGGAGGACUUAAACAGUCAUUCAGGGCUUAUAAGAAAUGGGUGUCCAAACAUGGAGAAGAACCAUUACUUCCUGGCAUUGAGAUGACACACGACCAACUGUUUUUUUUAAAUUACGCGCAAAUUUGGUGUGGUUCAAUGCGACCAGAAGACGCAUUGACUAAAGUUAGAUCCUCCGUACACUCGCCUGGACCCACACGAGUUUGGGGACCCUUGUCGAAUUCUGAUGACUUUGCCAAAGCAUAUGGAUGUCCCCUUGGAUCUCGAAUGAACCCCGUUGAUAAAUGCAUUGUUUGGUAGAAUUCGUUGGUACAUAGGUCAUAUUUACAUUUCAUAUCUGAAUUCUAUUUGUUAUUGAUUAACCAUUAAUUUUAUUCCCACAACAUUUUAGCUGUUUACUUGUAAUACAGAGCAAAGUGUUUGCAAAGCAUAUCAUAUUAAAAUAAUAGACAAGCAAUUUGCUAAUAGGCUUAUCAUCAAAUUGAUAAUUUUCUCAUAAAACUCAUAUUUCACUAUUGUGCAUUUAUCUGAUAUUCUGACUAUUGUGAUAAUCCUAAACUAUUACGUAUAAAUUAAAAGUUAAAACUUAAUACAUAAUCGAAAUUUAUUAUUUUUACAACUUAUAAUAAAUUAUUUACAAAUAAUCAAAACGCUUAAAUUUUUUCGAUGGAUUAGUUGCGAAUGCCUAUUUAAUACUAGAAUUACUACUAAGGUCCUUUGAAAAUUUGCCUUGUAUUUUAGUUUAUAAACAGACUAUCAAAAUACAUUUAAUUUAGUUGUAGGUAUUUUCAAACGUGUGCGUGUGUUAAAUUAUUGUGUUAAAUUGGUUAAUAAAUUAUUUAUAAAAAUUAGU